GACACUCUCCAUCCUUGUGAUAUUUGAUUCUUCAGACCAGGAAGAAUAAGAUGUGUCUGUAAUUCUCAUCUUGCAUAUUUUUCAGCUCAAGGUCAUUAUAUGUACCUAAUACUGCUUUAAUUUCUCUUGCAGAUAGCUCAUUCUGGAUAUGCUGCUGUUUUUUGCUUUGGGAUUGAUCGUACAUUUUGUGUUCUUCGCCUCGAUCUUUGACAUUUAUUUUACAUCUCCUUUGGUUCAUGGAAUGACUCCUCAGUUUACAGUGUUACCUCCUCCAGCAAAAAGAUUAGUAUUAUUUGUUGCUGAUGGCCUGAGAUCAGAUGCUCUUUAUGAAUUAGAUGAAGAUGGAAAUUCUAGAGCACCUUUUAUUAGGAAUGUUAUAAUGCAUGAAGGCAGCUGGGGAAUAUCUCACACACGUGUGCCAACAGAGUCUCGGCCUGGCCAUGUAGCCCUCAUAGCUGGGUUUUAUGAGGAUGUCAGUGCAGUUGCCAAAGGAUGGAAAGAAAAUCCUGUAGAAUUUGACUCUCUUUUUAAUGAGAGCAAGUACACAUGGAGCUGGGGGAGUCCAGAUAUCUUGCCUAUGUUUGCCAAAGGUGCUAGUGGUGACCAUGUUUAUACAUAUAGUUAUGAUGCUCAAAGAGAGGAUUUUGGUGCCCAAGAUGCCACAAAACUGGAUACCUGGGUUUUUGAUAAAGUUAAGGACUUCUUUGAUGUUGCGAGGAGCAACCAGUCUUUGUUCUCAAAAGUAAAUGAAGAAAAAGUAGUUUUUUUCUUACAUUUAUUAGGAAUAGAUACAAAUGGACAUGCUCACCGACCAUCAUCAAGGGAAUAUAAGGACAAUAUUAAGAAAGUUGAUGACGGAGUGAAGGAAAUUGUGUCACUAUUCAAGCGUUUUUAUGGUGAUGAUGGGAAAACAGCUUUUAUCUUUACCUCUGAUCAUGGAAUGACAGACUGGGGUUCCCAUGGGGCUGGUCAUCCUUCAGAGACUUUAACUCCUUUAGUCACUUGGGGAGCUGGAAUCAAAGCUCCUCAGAAAGUAUCCGCUCAGCAAUUUGAUGACGAGUUUUUAAAAGAAUGGAGACUGGAAAACUGGAAGAGGCGAGAUGUCAAUCAGGCUGACAUCGCACCACUGAUGGCGUCCCUUAUUGGAGUUCCCUUUCCUCUUAAUUCAGUGGGAAUACUUCCUGUGGAUUAUCUUAACAACACUGGUCUCUUCAAAGCAGAGAGCAUGCUUACCAAUGCAGUACAGAUUCUUGAACAGUUCAAGGUGAAGAUGACUCAGAAAAAAGCAGCUACUCUACCAUUUUUGUUUACACCAUUUAAGUUGCUCUCUGAUUCUCAACAGCUGGAUACUUUAAGGAAAGCAAGGUCUUACAUAAAAGAAGAAAAGUUUGAUGAAGCAGUCUCCCUCUGUGAGGAGCUGAUUGAUCUCGCAUUGAAAGGACUGUCUUAUUAUCACACUUACGACAGAUUCUUUUUGGGCAUCAGUGUUGCAGUUGGUUUUGUGGGAUGGACGUCUUAUGCUUCUUUGUUAAUCCUCAAGUCUCAUUCUGAUCUCACAAGAAGUGCUAGGAAGGAAGUUAAGAAACCACACCAUCUCUUGUCAUAUGGCUUUGUAGCUAUUGGUGUCUUAGUGGCGUGCUUCCUGAUGAUCCAAGCCUGUCCCUGGACUUACUAUGUGUAUUGCUUGCUGCCAGUGCCAAUAUGGUAUGCAGUUCUAAGAGAAUAUCAAGUUAUUCAAGACCUGGUUUCAUCACUGUUGACUUUUCCUCUGAGCCAUUUUGUUACCUACUUGCUUGUGUUCGUCUUGGGAAUUGAAGUACUGGUGUUGAGUUUCUUCUACCGCUACAUGCUGACAGCAGGUCUGAUUGUGUUUGCCGCUUGGCCGUUUCUCACCCAGCUGUGGACCCGAGCAAAGAUCACCUGCCUGAGUUGGGCCCUCUUCUCUUUGCUUCUGGCAGUGUUUCCACUGAUGCCUGUUGUGGGUAGAAAGCCAGACCUCUCUCUAGUAAUUGGUGCAGGCUUGCUGGUUCUUCUGCUGUCCCUGGCUAUUGUAAUAACUCUCACGAAAAGAAAAAUUACUUUGGUAAAGGAAGAGCUGUUGGUACUUCUGUUACAGAUGGUGAGUACAGUGCUCUCUGUGUAUGUUGUGUACAGCACACACCACAGUCUGUUAAAGAAAGAAGGCCUGCCUUUUAUUAAUCAGAUUGUGAGCUGGGCAACAUUAGCCUCUUCCUUGGGUGUGCCGCUCCUGAGUCCCACGACUCUCCUUCCACGACUGUCCAGCAUACUUCUUUCCUUGAUGUCAACCUACUUGCUUCUAAGCACAGGGUAUGAAGCUCUCUUUCCAUUAGUGUUGUCCUGCUUGAUGUUUGUCUGGAUACACAUAGAACAAGAGACCCUGCAGCAGCCUGGUGUUUCCUGUAAACAGAAGCUCAGCAGCAUUCAGUUCACGUAUAACACUGAUAUAACUCAGUUUCGACUGCUCAAUCUGGAUGACAUCCGUAGGGCCUUUUUCCUUGUUUUCUUUUUAGUGACUGCAUUUUUUGGAACUGGAAAUAUAGCUUCUAUUAACAGCUUUGACCUUGCCUCUGUGUAUUGCUUUCUGACUGUGUUUAGUCCUUUCAUGAUGGGAGCUCUCAUGAUGUGGAAGAUUUUAAUUCCUUUUGUUCUUGUGAUGUGUGCUUUUGAAGCAGUUCAGAUAACUACACAACUGUCAUCAAAAGGGCUUUUCCUCAUUGUUCUUGUCAUAUCAGACAUCAUGGCUUUGCAUUUUUUCUUCUUGAUCAAGGAUUCUGGGAGCUGGCUUGAUAUUGGAACCAGCAUCAGCCACUAUGUGAUUGUCAUGUCCAUGACCAUCUUUCUGGUAUUUCUUAAUGGCCUGGUACAACUGCUCACAACAAAGAAACUCCAGCUGUGUGGCAAACCCAAAAGGCAUCUCCUGUGAUGUUGGUAAAGCUAUCAGUGAGCGUCUGCAUCCUGAUUCUCCUGAAAGAAAAAUCCCUCCAGCGAUUCAAGAAAAUGGAUGUUGGAUCAGAGAGAGGGCCUGGCGCGUAGAGUGCGUGCUGCACACGGUGACGACUUGAACCUGAUCCCUGGGAGCCUGUCCACGGUGGAAGGAGAACAGACCCCCCACAGACCCCCGGGAGUCAUCCUUUGGCCUCCAUGUGCUCGCGCACACACACACACCACACACACACACACACACACACACACACAUGACAGCACCGCAUUUACAAAAGAAGAUGGAUGCUAAUACCUAUUCUCCUUUAGAGAAUGUUUCAUCUGGAAUUCUGGAUUUACAGGUGGUCUGACAUAAUGGAGCUUCCGUUUUCUUUCAGUUAAUGCAUAGAAUAACAGGUUUCUUUAUGACAUUUCCAAGGAGCUUCUUUUCUCUUUAGGUUUUGCAGGCUUGAAAUAAUGAUUGUGUCUUAGAACAGAGGGAAGCAUCCUUCAUUUUCAUUUGAUCUGGCAGCUUUUUUCCAGUAAUGUUUGAGAGCACCUGCCACCCUUUGAUUCCACAGUGCAGCUUCAAGGACACCCAAAGGAGCUCGUGCCCUGUAGGGACGGUACUGACACUGUGGAGUCACGGAAUGGAAACCACCAGUUCCAACAUAAACAUCUGUCAGCCCCAGCACUGCGACUGCGUUUGUAGUAGCCGCAGUUUCUUGAGCCUGUGAUGAGUAAGACAGGUGAGGCCGCAGUCUGAGAUUUACCGAACCUCAGUGGAAAGCUUUCUGCCCAGCCUUGCCAUUCCUGUGCCCUCAGUAUUUUGGCUUGUGCCUCUCUGCUGCUUCCAGGGUUCUCAUAGCCAGGCAGCUAGAAGAUGCUUCCACCUUUGCCUUUUGUCCAUUUCUGGGCCAUCUUUGAAUUUCUGGGGACUCUGACUUUCUUGGUGGUUGUUUCACUAUCAUUCCCCAAAUCAAAGGCUAUAGUUUCUUGACAGUAUCAUAAAGAUUCAAAUUAAAAUUGCUACUCUUUUGGUCUUGAUAUUUUAACUAGACCAAAGGUUUGCAGCGAUCUCACUAGAUUUAACUUUCCCUUUGUAUAUUCCAAUGAAUGAGGUGAGAAUAGUUUUUAUUUGUUGGCCAUACAGUGACCUAUAUAGUGUAGAGUUGCUUAUAGAAUGCUGUUAAGUGCUUGGCUCAGAUUUUGCUGGUAUGUAUCCCAUUUUAAAAAACAAUUGCUUUUGAUUUAAGUUAUGUUAUUACUAGUCUGCAUUAAUGACCAGAAAGCUCAUUAUAAAUUACUAAGUUUUUCAAAUUGGCAGGUGAGCAAACACAAUCUAGAAGAGUAAGCUCAGCUGAGCAAAAAAUACUUUAAUUUCUACUUAUGAUAUUCAUAAUUUAUUUUUGAUAAUGCCUCCUGAUAUGGCAAUGAACACAUUGGACUGUAUUGAGAGAAAAGUGCUGGUCCUAAUCCAGGCCUCAGCAUCACUGUGGAACAGUCUUGGUGAUGGCUAAGGAGCUGCUGCAGCAGUGCCAACCCUGGCAGAGCAAGACCUGCCUUCCUAGACCCUCAGGUAACUUCCAUCCACUAUGUAAACACUUACACAAACCUUCUUCUACCGAGGAAUUAAUACAUUUUGUGUGUGUGCACACAUGCAUGCACAUGUUGAUCCCCAAAGCUGUAGUUACAGGUUGUAAGAUGCCUGACUUGGGUGCUGAGAACUGAACUCAGGUCCUUUGCAUGAAUAGUAUUUUUUUAAGUACUGAGAUAAUCUCUUCCAACUCCAGAGUUAAUAUUUUUAUAGCGGUAUUGUAAAAGGUGCUUCCUGUCUUAUGUUUCUUUUACAUUUUAUUCUCUAAAGUAAUACUUUCCUCUGGGUUGGUAAGUUUAUAGAAGGCAAUGCUUCUGCAGCUACAGGUGUUUCUGCUGCAUUGUUGAAAUUAGGAAAAGCUUUAAGAAAGUGUGCAUAAACUGGGCAUGGUGGCAGAUAUCUAAUUCUAGCACUAGGAGAUAUAGGGAGGAGAUCAUGAGUUCAAGGCCAUAGAAAGUCAGACACCAGCCUGAGCUGUAAAACCCUGUGUUGAAAAGAAUUAAAGUUGGCAUCUCAAGUUGAAAAAAAAUUAAAAUAUUGAAUGAUAAGAAAAACAUACUAUAUUACAUGAAUCAUGAAUAAAUCUUGGAUACUAACUAAUGGUCAUAAUUUACCAAUAAAAUCUUUGUAUUAUUUUACUGUUUAUUAUAUAAAGUCUUAGAACACAAAAUGCUUUCUUACAUUUUAGAAAAAUUAUAGUACAAAAUGGGUGUGGUGACAUAGGCCUCUCUGUAAUCCCAGUGUUUAGGAAGCUGAGGAGGAAGAUCACAUGUUCAAGGUCAGCUUAGGCCACAGAGCAAGCCCAGGGCAGCAUGCAUUAUGUGAGACCCUGUGUUAGGAAACAAUGAAGUAGUGGUAGGGGACGUUUUAGUAUGAAUGGCUGUCAGUGAAGAAUGAUGUAACCCAAUUAUCAGUGACAGUGUGGCUUCUCAUGAAAACCUCACUCAAGACUUCAGGCUACUCACACAUCAGGUCUCCUCUCUGCUACCAUCUGCACUUUUACAUACUGUCAGCAGUAAAGCGUUCCUUGGUUCCUCCUUUUGAAGCUAGUUUCUGAUACUGCUAGUUUAGGGGGUAGUGGAGGGUUGCACAUUCCUGCCUCUAGAGACAGGCAGCAGCUGUGUCCCCUCCUCGUGGGAGCCAUGUGAGUUCCAUAUACCCUUCGAUGCCAUCUCAUCAGGAGGCUGGAGAGAAGGAACCAACUCAGUAAUGGGGAGACCACAUCCCACUAGUGUUUAGGGGCCCUUUAAGAGACCAGGGGUAGCCUGGUUGACAGUGCUCCUUUCCUCAAUAGUUUUUUUAUGCCAGCAGUGUGCUUGUCCUCUCUAAAUGCUUCGAAGUCAUUAUGCUUAUUGUACUGCAUUCUUUCAGUACACUAGUAAUGUCUUUGUAGUACUUCCCAUUUCUGCACUGGUGUAGUUUAUAAAGAUAGAUUUCUGAAUGUAAUUAUAUAAAGAAACAAAAAUAUUUUCUCAAGUACACUAAAAUGGAUUAGGCUAUUGAUGGACUCACCAUUGUAAGUAUAGCAUUUAUGUGCACAAACAGCAUUUUGAAGAUAGUUUCAAAGCAUCAGUUGUCGGUGAAUAAAUAUGUGAUCAUAAAAGGGUUCCCUGAUGAAGUGUUAGGGAAACAUCUAGGUUAGGAAGGUUUAAAGGUGCAUUUAUUCUGGUACUGUAGGAUGCCCCUGCCUACAACUUCCGCAUGCUUGCUGCAGACUUCCCCCUCCAGAUGGGUAAGCAUAUUUUAUAAAUAUCUCCAUGUAGUUUUCACAAAAGGAUGUUGUACACUUAAUGAAAUUUUUUUCCUGGCAACUGGCAAGGCAUAUUUAUUAUAAUUGUUAAACUGGGAAAACUAACGAACAUACUAGGAAUUUUGCCUGCAUAUCACUGUAUUGUCUGUCCCUGUUGGAAUUUCUUCUGUUUUGUUUUGCAUCCUCAACCUGAAAAACAUAGUCACAAUUCUCAGCUUGUUUUCUUGUGGUCCAACACUUUCAAAACCACUACUAUUUAAAACUUUUAAUGAUACUUUGAUCAAAAAUUGUGAAAACAAGAUCAAGGGCAGCCUGUAUCCGAGCAUGGGUGGGAGAAGGGAUCAUGCGGUCCCACCCUCUUCUGAGGAGCUAUUGACAAAUUGUGGCUGCUGGGAGAGGGACAGUCUGUUUUCAGUGAUCCGGGCCCUGAGAGACUGCUUGUGUUCCUGUAGAUGGUCCUACACCCAUGGACACACAGGCAACACUAAUGGAUGUGGUGAAUAUUUUUUACAUCAUGAAGAUGGGAGAGAAUAGUUGAUCAAAAUGUGUUAUAUGCAUAUGAAUAAUAAAAUAUUUUAAAAGAACAAAAAUAAUGAAAAUAUCAGUUAUCAUGAUUUCUUAUAAUGCUUAAAAUUUUCAUGAUUACUCUUAGAUGAACAGAUAAUUUCUUUUUAUAUAGUGAUUUAAUUUGGUUGGCUUGCAUCAUAUACCAGCAAGUAGCAAUGAUUCCAUGUUUCUUUGGACACCUGGUCUGAUUAUAUAGCCAAAACUGGCCUCAGAGUUGUGAUCCUUCUGCCUUAGUUCUGAGUGCCAACAUUACAGAUAUGUGCCACCAUGCCCUUUAAGUUGGGUUUAGUCUAAUAUAUUCAGUGGACUUGGAUAAUGUGAUUGACAAGGAUAGUUGUCAGCCCUUACAGAUACUUUUAUCUUCAAUGUGAUGAUAUUCCUAGGAAAGCUAAGAAUAUGUGAUCAGUGUUUUAAUAGGCCUUGUGCUUGCUGAAGAGAAGUAAUACCUAUAAAGUUUGAAGCCAGAAAAGUAAAAUUCAUUUUCUUGAUGUGUCUUAGUUUAUUUUUGUCCUUUCCUGGAAAUUAUUGUAAUUAGUGUAACUUAUAUAACAGACAUUUCUUGUACCACUUCAGUAAGGGGAUUGAGGUGAGCAUCAACAGUGAAAGCUGUAUUGACAAUAUACACACUUGGUAUGCCAUGAAGAGAGUGGUGCCUUCCUCUUGGCAGUUCAUAAACCCUGUUUAUUCAUGAGGAAAAAUGGACAUGUCUCAAUUCAGUAAGAGUUAUAAAAUAUUCUACAAAAACCUGAUGAGUAGUCUUCAAAACUGUCAAGGUCAUCAAAAGCGAGAAAAGCCUAAGAAGCUGCCAGCAGCAGAAGAGUCUAAGGAGACAUAACUAUUAAAUGUUCUCCUGGGUAGGAUGCUGAAGUGCAAAGGGCUAAGGAAGUCUAAUACAGUGUGGACUUCAGGACUUCUUUAACUGUGAAACCGUACCUACUGAUGACGUGUUAGAGUAGAAACUGGGUGAGAGACUGUGAGAACUCGACCAUUCUUGCAAAUUUUCUAGGAAACUGAAAAUAAAAAUAUUACUUGAUUUUAAA